AUGGCAUAUCAACAAGCAACAGGACGAGCUACGCGAGCGAUCAAGUGUGUAGUUGUUGGUGAUGGUGCUGUCGGAAAGACUUGUCUAUUAGCCGCCUAUGCGCAAAAUAAAUUUCUGGGUGAAUAUCGUCCAACGAUAUUUGAUAAUUAUGCUGUCACAGUAAUGAUCAAUCAGGAACCUUAUACUUUAAAUUUAUUUGAUACAGCUGGACAAGAAGACUACGAUCGUCUUCGCCUCUUGAGCUAUCCUCAGACCAAUGUAUUCUUAGUGUGCUUUAAUAUCGCUCUACCUUCGUCGUUUGAAAAUGUUCGCACAAAGUGGAUGCCGGAAAUAACUCAUCAUUGUCCUCAUACUCAAUUUGUACUUGUCGGAACACAAAUCGAUCUUCGAGAUGAUCCGAAAACGAUUACCUCGUUGAAACGGUCCCAUGGAAAUUUGAUUUCAUUCAAACAAGGCGAAAAACUGGCUCGUGAACUCAAAGCAGUAAAAUAUGUUGAAUGCAGUGCAUUGACACAAAGAGGUGUCAAGGAAGUCUUUGAUGAAGCAAUUAUUGCCACCCUUGUAAAGCCAAAAACAUUGGGAAAACGAUCAUGCAUCAUCUUGUGA